GUACUUGGACAUGGUUCUAAGGAGUUGGUAUAAUUUACUAGGAAUAAAUUCCCUUUGUCGGUGGCUUAUGAGGCAAAACAAGAUUCAAGAGGGAAAAAAAAUAGGAAUUCAGUUGGUGCAUGUUCUCCAGUUGCAUACGUGUGGGCAGAAAAGUUAAGUUGAAUAGAAAAUGUCGACUUAAAAAAAGUUUAAUUCUAUAAAACAGCUCUCCAUCUGCUUUGUACAUUAACUUUGUGGAAGAAUUUAUGGUUACAUGACGAUUGCCAACCUAAAAAUCUAAGUUCACAAAAUCUUCAUAUCAUUCUAUUCAGGCUUCAUUUACUGUAUUGGAGGUUACAACGGUAAAUAUCUAUCAAAUACAAUAAAAUUCAAUCCGUCAGAUUCAACAUGGACGAAACUUCCUUUAAUGCCGACUGCAAGAAAUGGUGAGCAGCAGUUGAACUUGAUGGGAAGAUUUAUGUCAUGGGCGGACACUGCGGCAUUGAUUACUCGAAUAUUGUGGAAUGCUUCGAUACAGUUGCCGAAAAAUGGGCCACUGUUGCCAGAUUAAACAAUCCAAGGAGAUAUGUUAAAGCAUGUGUUAUUGAAGGAAAGAUAUUUGCUGUUGGAGGGCAUGUUUCCAAGAACACAAUAGAAGAAUAUGAUCCAGCUGUUAACUCCUGGAAAGUUGUUAAAACAAUGGAUGGGAAAGACAUUCAGAUAUUAGCUUCUAUCGCUUUGAAUGUUUCUUUAUAAACAAGGUCUAAAUAUCCCACGCCAAAGCUUUCCACCUGAAUCAUUUUAAAAUACGAUGAUUGACAAUCACUCUGAUGUUUGAAAACUUGAAAUUAAUUUACCCAUCCAACAUGUUAGGCCACCUGAUGAUAUAAAACAACGAAGAGCAUCUUACUCUCCCCCGUGAUAAAUACGAACAAUUUUAUUCUCCAGUUACCUCGUUUCGACAAGUAAUAUAAUGUAGAAUACCCGACAUCGUGAGCGAAGU